AAGCCCGUGUUUCAACAAUUUCCCCCUUUUUGAUAAUGGCAAACAAGACGGGGUUAUGCAUAGGAGGAUUAUUUUGAAAAAAAGGUUCCCCCUUAAUAGAUGCCAUUUUACAAAAAAAAUUCCCCCUCAAUUUAUGCAUAACCUUAAUAUCUUCCCCCUUUUGACAUUAACAAAAAGAAUUAAAAGUAAACUUUAGAAUUGUAAAAGUAAACUUUUAUUCAUGAAAAAGGGAAAUGCGGAAUACAACGGAAUGGAAAUAAAAAAUACAAUCAUAGUAAGAAGAGAAAAGAAAAGUCUAAGCAUCGACAUCCUCGUCGUCAUCCUCGUCGUCCUCGACGUCCAUGGGAUCGCCGUCGACCGCAUCUUCAAAGUCGGCCUCGUCGGGGGAGGAGGAUGGAGCAUAGGAGUUAUCCUCCUCGUCCUCGCCUUCAUAGUUUUGGCCGAGGAAGGUGCUGUCAAAGGGCGGCGGGACGUAGUUGAUGCCGCGAAAGAACGCCGUCAUGUCGUGAGUAUCGUCUAUGGAUUGCAAAGAGGCCUUGGCGGGAGCGGGGGCUGGUGCACGACUUGGGCCUGCGCCGUCCCGGUCUCCGGACUUCUUCCGGAAGGUGCUGUCUUGAAUUAUCCAAAUCUUUGUCAUCUUCGUAUCCGGGCCGGCGAUGGAGAUGUCGGCGGAGAUGAUGAGGUCCAUGACGAGGAAGGCGUAUGGCAAGCUCCGCUCAGUGGCGAUGGAGGCGCAAUCCGCCAUGUGGAUCAUCACGAAUUUUGCCCAAUUGAUGGAGGCGCCGUGGAUGAUGGCAUGAAUUGCCUUCAAGUCCUCGUUGAAGAGCGAGGUAUGGCUGCUGUCCCGGGGGCGGAGAAUCCGGGUGAUGAUGUAGAGGAGGAGGCGCUUGUCCGGUGGGGCCGAGUGAAUCGUCGGUGCGCCGCUGUGGCGGAUCAAGUUGGUGAUCCCAAGCUCACGAAUGACAACCGCCUCGUUGUUGAGGAUCCAAUCAUCGCCACCAUAGGUUGCGAUGUCGUCACCGCGGAUGGGCAGCCCUGCGACCCGAGCAAAGGUAGGCAAAUCAAUCUCUAUGUGGUAGAGAUUGAUGCUGCUGCGAAUGGUGUCCUUCACUAGAGGGGGGUGAAUAGUGAGGCACGAGAAUGUUUAUAAAUUUUCGCGGAAUAAAAAUCGCAGGGAUAAAGUAAAGAGCGGAAUAAAAA